CCCCUCUUUGGUCCCUUUCCUUCUUGCCUCCCCCCUCUCUCCAUAUCUAUCUUCCCCUCUCCUUCCGCUGCUGCUCUUUGUCGCUUAAAGUAGAUCAUGGUGUACAUCCGUGCCGAUCGCAUGGACCUCUCCCAAAAGAGCUACCAUGGCACCAAUCCGAUGAACCUCAUUCCCAAGAUUAUGCGCGAGCGCAUCUUCAACUCUCUCUAUUGGAAGGAACGCUGUUUCGGCCUGAACGAUGCCGAUGUUGUUGAUCGGGCCGCCGAGAUCACACACAUUGGUGGGACCUAUGGCCACACCAAUACCGCCACUCCCUUUAUCUGCCUCGCACUGAAGCUGCUCCGGUCACCCAAUCGCGAGACCCUCAUCGCAUUCAUCGACCAGACGCACUUCAAGUACCUUCGUGCCUUGGGGGCCUUUGUCUUCCGCCUGAUUGCCCCCUCGGCCGACAUCUACAACUAUCUGGAGCCGCUGCUGAUCGACUUGCGCAAGCUACGCAUGCGGAACCAGGAGGGCGAGUUUUACCUCAGCUUCCUGGACUCCUUCGUGGAUGAGCUGCUCACGGAGACCCAUGUCUUGGGCGUUCCAAUGCCCACCCUGGUGCAGCGCCACGUGCUCGAGGCCGCCGGCACCCUUCGCCCUCGGGACUAUCCUCUUUACGGCGAGGAGGAGGAGGAGGCUGAGCGGGCCUCUGCCACCGGAGCUGGCGCUCUUGCCCAGGGCGACGACGUCGACAGACGACGGGAUGCCUCGCCACCAGCCCGGCGCCCGGGCUCUGAUGACCGAAAUUCGGAGCGCUCGGGAUCCGGCCGCUCGCGCCUGUUCAAGCCGCUUCCCCGGGACGAUCGGCAGUCUGGCGACCGCGGCCGGAGUCGUAGCCGCAGCCGCAGCCGCAGCCGGGACCGUGGCCGGAGUCGACGCGACCGCAGUCGCAGCCGGAGCCGGGACCGCGGCCGGAGUCGGCGCGACCGAAGCCGCAGCCGUAGCUGGGAUCGUGGCCGCAGUCGGCGCGACCGAAGCCGCAGUCGCAGUCGCAGUCGUGACCCCCCUGGCUGGAAUGCUCGGGGGAGCAGGGACGACAAUCGGCCCGAUCGAUAUGAUCGGCGCGAGCGCAGUCGUAGUCCCCAUCGCCCUGGCGACCGGCAUAGGCAGCGCAACUACAGCCGUAGCCGAAGCCGCAGUCGCAGUCCCUUCGGUCGUGGGACAGACAGGCGAUCCACCAGCCGUAGUCGCAGCCGGUGA